AGAGUCUGCCCCUUAAAUGUCAGGAGGCAACCUAAGACUAUUUGAAAACUACAUAGGGCAUUUCAACAAAUACCAACUGUUCUGCAUAUGCUAAACACGAAUCCCACCUUGUGAAAAACACCCCCUGGGGAGAGUCAAAUCCGUUCAGGUCUACGACUCGGAGUGGUUGCUCACUUGCUAUUACCAAAAAAAAAGAGAUGGAAAUUGGCCCAAUGAGAUUAUAAAGAACAUAUUCCUGACAACAGUCAUAGAGAAAAGAGAUGGAAACCACAUGGGGCAUUUAUUUAAAGGAUAUCACAACUUCACAGGUGAGAGCACAUAUUCGAAAUGAAUGGAGAACGCUCUAUUUUGUACUCUAACGAGUCAAUGAUCACUAAGGGAGUCUCUUCCCCUUCUUCUUCUGCUUCCUUUCCCCAUCCAUGGAGUUACGAUGUCUUCUUGAGUUUUAGAGGUACGGAUACCCGCUACAGUUUCGUAGACCAUCUCUACAGUGCUUUGCAACAGAAGGGAAUUAAUGCCUUCAUGGACGAUGGGCUUUGCAGAGGGGAAAAAAUAUGGCCAACACUUUCCAAAGCAAUUCAAGAGUCAAAGAUUUCUGUCAUCGUAUUCUCUGAAAACUACGCAUCCUCGACGUGGUGCUUGGAUGAACUUGUUCACAUCCUAAGUUGUAAAGAGUCAAAGCAACAAAAAAUAGUUUGGCCAAUUUUUUACAAAGUAGAUCCCUCGGAUGUGCGAAAUCAGAGAGGUCGUUUUGGAGAAGCACUUGCUCAUCAUGAACACAAAUUUAAGAAUGAUAUCGGGAAGGUGCUGCGAUGGAGGGCAGCUCUUAGGGAAGCAGCAAACUUUUCUGGGUGGUCUUUCUUGGAAGGGUAUGAAUCUAAAUUCAUCCAUGACAUCGUUGGGCAGAUUUCAGCAAAAGUAUUGAAUUGUCUGCAUUUGAAUGUGGCUGAAUACCCAGUUGGAAUACAGGAUCGUCUGCGAGAUUUGAAUUUGCUUAUAAAUGUUGAGAAAAACGAUGUUCGCAUGGUAGGAAUUUGGGGGACUGGUGGAAUUGGUAAGACAACAAUUGCUAAAGCUGUUCAUAAUUCAAUUGUCAAUAGAUUUGAUUGUAGCUGUUUUUUGGCAAAUGUUAGAGAAAAUUCCAUGAGAGAUGGAGGCAUGGUUGAACUACAAAACACUCUUCUUUUUGAGAUUUUAGGGGGUAAAAAUUUGAAGAUAACCAAUGUUGAUAAAGGAAUCAACGUGGUAAAGAAAAUGUUAAGCCAUAGAAAAGUUCUCUUAAUUCUUGAUGACGUGAGUCACCUGGACCAGUUAAAGAAACUAGCUGGAGGGUGUGAUUGGUUCGGUUUAGGAAGUAGAAUUAUCAUAACAACAAGAGAUAAGCAUUUGUUAUUGGCUCAUCAAGUUAAUCUAAUAUACAAGGUCAAGGAAUUAUAUCUUGACGAAGCUAUCCAACUAUUCAGUUGGAAUGCCUUUGGAAGAAAUGGACAUAUGGUUGAUCAUGGGAAAGUGAAAAGGGUAGUACUACACUACGCUUAUGGCCUUCCAUUAGCUCUGAUAGUUUUUGGUUCCCUUUUAUGCGGCAGAAGCGACGAGCAAUGGCAAGAUGCAUUAGACAGUUACAAAAGAGUUCCAAACCAUGAGAUUCAUGAAAUUCUCAAAAUAAGUUACAACAGUUUGGAAGAUUCCGUGAAAGAAGUUUUCCUCGACAUUGCAUGCUUCUUUAAUGGUAAAAGUAGAAGCUAUGUGAUAGAAGUACUAGAAAGUUGUAACCUCAACCCUAAGUAUGGUAUUGAAGUACUCAUAGAAAAGGCCCUCAUAACUAUUGAGAAUAACCUUCUUUGGAUGCAUGACUUGAUUGAAGAAAUGGGUAAAGAAAUAGUUCGUCAAGAGUCGCCCACUGAGCCUGGCAAGCGCAGUAGAUUGUGGUUUCCUGAGGAUGUUUAUCACGUUCUGACAGAAAACACAGGAACAGACAAAAUUAAAGGAAUCGUGGUACAAUGCCUCAAAUCAGACGAGAUUCGGUUGAAUGCUACAAGCUUUUCAAAAAUGAAAAAUCUUAAACUGUUUAUAAAUUGUAAUGCACAGAUUUUUGGAGAUGUUGAAUGUCUCCCUAAUGAGUUGAUGUUCCUCGAUUGGCCUGGAUGUCCAUUACAAUCUUUUCCAGCCAAUUUCAAUCCAAAGAAGAUGUUUAAGCUCAAUAUGCCUCGCAGCCAUCUGACACGACUAGGGGAGGGAUUUAAGAAUUUGCAAAAGCUGAGGUCUAUAAAUUUAGAUCAUUGUGAAUUCCUGACAGAAAUCCCCGACUUCUCUGGGGCCCCAAAUUUAGAGUACUUAAAUCUGAAUUACUGUACAAGUUUAGCUGAGGUCCAUCCUUCUGUCGGAUUCCUUGAUAAACUUGUUCACUUGAGUCUUCAUAAAUGCUCUAAUCUUAUGAUUUUUCCAAGAAGGAUGUGGUUGAAAUCUUUGGAAAUUCUUCAUCUUGGAGGUUGCAGAAGAUUAAAUUUUUUUCCUGAAAUUGUGGGUUUGAUGGAGUUCUUAAGAUCUAUAGUUCUAAUAGGCACUGCCAUAAAAGAAUUGCCGUCAUCAGUUGGAUUUCUCACUGGCCUGGAAGAAUUAAAUCUAUAUGAUUCUCCCAACCUCACAAAUCUGCCAUGCAACAUCUAUGAGUUGCAAAAUCUUCGGUAUCUUUUUAUCGACGACUGCCCAGAACUUAUUACAUUUCCACAUAAUGUGAUAUCACUUCCUUUGGUGCUUCCCAAGCUAUUGAAAUUUCGUAUGGGAGGAUGCAAUUUAUCACAAAGCAGUUUCCUUGCGACGCUUGAUUGUGCGUCCACAUUACAAGAACUUGAUCUAUCAGGAAGCAACUUUGUUACUCUUCCCUCGUGCAUUAGUAAGUUUGUCAACUUGUGGGAGCUUAAAUUGUGUUGUUGCAAGUAUCUUUUAGAAAUUCCAGAACUUCCAUCAAAGUUAAGUUGGGUAGAUGUAAGUGAUUGCAUAUCAUUAGAAAAUUUUUCAAAAUUAUCAACCAUAUUGGAACACAAUGAGUUAGGAGAGCUCGUGUGCAUGGAUUUGUUCAAUUGCCGUAGACUAUGUGAUAAUCUGGGUUAUGAUGCGGCUAAGAUGGAAGGUGUAUUACUGAAUCAGGUCUCCUCUGAAAACACCAACUUUGAAAUUUUACUACCAGGCAGUGAAGUUCCGAAGUGGUUCAGUUGCCGGAAAGAGGUCAAUUUUAUAUAUGAAUAUCUUGUUGACUACCCUCUAGGUUGGAAACCAAUAUGUGAACUUUCAAUUGAAAUCCCAAGAAAUUUGAAAUGGGAACACAUGGGACUGGCUCUUUGUGCUGUUUUUGAAAGAACACAAAGUAAAUCUGCUGAUUAUUGUUUUCGAGCUGAAAUUUCAAUGAAUGGUGGAGUUCAUUUUUAUUCAAGAGAGACAGAGUCAGCUCAUGUGUGGCUCAAGUACAUUCCAUUACAAAUCAAGCCGUGUGUGAAUCUUCAUGCAAGGAGGUGCGAAGUUAAAUUUUAUUGUAGUGGCAACUCAGGGUCGAUGUUCUUUAAUUUAAAAGUUGUGGAGUCCACCUAGUAUACAAGCAAGAUGGUGGUGACGUCAUGGCAGUCAAUGACAACGAUCUGCAAGAGCAGUGGCUUUCUUUGCCUUUGGAACCAAUGAAUCCUCAAAAGCGGCGUAAGAAGAGUAUAUCUAUGCAGGAACAACCAUCUCCAAAUGGAGAAAAACUUGUAUAUCACGGGGAUAGCAAAACAAUGUUAUUCCUAUGACAUGCAAGUUAUUUUCCAAACAGUGUUAUUCCCAUGACAUGCAAGUUCUUUUCAUCCAACUGAGACGACAAUAUGAUGGAAGUUUGGUGCUCCUGAUAGUUUGAGAUAUUGAGGCAAAUAUAGACAAAUGUUCUGGUGGUGGAUGUUCAGGCUCAAUACAUUUGACAAAUGUUAGGUGCACUGACCGACUGUAGGAAUGGUAUUGUCACACGGGGCUUGUACCUUAAGUGGUUAAGCGUAGUUACCCAUGCACCCAAAGUCCUAUGUUCGAAUCCAAAAAAAAGAACAUGAUUUUUCUGUAAUCCUCAUUAUCUACAUCAUUGAUAAAAUGUUAUAUGGCAAUUCAUUGCCUUUUGCUAUGGGGACUAGCGUGGCUGAGUUGUCCAUUUCUAACUUUAUGUUAAUUUUGCUUGGGAUUCCUAGCUAACUUUGUAGUUAUUUUCUGUUGGAUUUCUGUAUGUUAAUUUGAAUGAUUUUCUUGGGUGUUGUUUGGCAAUUCUUUCAUUUAUUUUAAUUUCAAUUCAUGCACCUAUCUAAGUAAUCACUUUUAAGCGAUCUUUCUUUGCUAUUACCUUAAAAAGUAGGUCAUGUAAUAUUUUCUGGAUUUAGAAGACGAGAUGAUUAUCCGGGGUGAUUCUGAAACUAACUUGAAGACCAGCUAAUGCAUGAAAUUUGAUCCAUAUGACGGCAUUUGGGGAACAAACUUUAGCAAGAGAUAGCAUGGUCAGCUUAUGCAUGGACUUUAAUUCAUAAGACGAGAUCCUGUAAGCAAGACAUAACAUGACCUCCUCAUUUGUCCCUACAAUGGUGUUAAGGUUGUAAAGAUAUCAAAGGUCCUAGUCUUGCCACAUGUCAAGAGAUCAAAGAAUCAAGUGGUUAAAAUGUUGUUAGUCUUGUUAGACAGUUAAGAAAGUCUGUUAGCAUUGAUCAGUGAAAGAAAGAGAGGUUAGAGAGGUUAGAGAACGUGAACCAGCUUCUAGCUAUAGCUUAAUAUAAAGGUCUGUAAUAGUGUUAGACAAAGAUUAAUGAAAAUACAAUAGUUUCCUCUCUCUCUCUCUCUCUAUUCAUCAGAAAUUCUCUCUGCUUAUCUUCACUUUUCUAUUUGCCUCUGUGUAAUUCUACUAUCUUGAUAUGGUAUCAUAGAAAUUCUCUUUGUUGGAAAUUUGGGCAUUCUGCUAUUCAAUGUUAUCAUAGAGGCAACUUCUCUUAUCAAGGCAAACCUCCUUCCGCCAAUCUUAGUGCCAUGCAUGCAAACUUUCCAUCUUCUACACCUCAUGAGCAAUUUUGGGUGGCUGAUACUGGUGCAACAACUCAUAUGACCUCUUAUUUGGCUCAACUCAGCUUGGCUACUCCUUUCUCAGGAUCUGAUACUAUUACCACUGCAGGGGGUUCAGGUUUGAGCAUUUCUAGUAUUGGCUCUUCCAUUUUGAAAGUUCCACAGUGCUCUUUACAAUUAAAACAAGUUUUGCAUGUGCCUAAGCUGUCCCAACAUUUGCUAUCAGUUCAUAGGUUGUGUAAAGAUAACAAUUGCAGCUUUAUUUGUGAUGCAUUUGGUUUUUGGAUUCAGGACAAGAUCACGGGGAUUGUUCUUCUCAAGGGACUGUGUAGAGCUGGCUUGUAUCCUAUUCAUUUCUCCAUUUCAUCCAUUCCACCACCUCGUCUUCCACAAGCAUCUUCUUUCCCCAAGAAUCAAUUCUGCUAUCUUGGUCAACAAGUCAAAACCAGUCUCUGACACAAGCGUUUCGGUCAUCCUUCUAACAAAAUCACUUCUGCUCUUUUAAAUCAAUCCCAAAUUUCUUUUACUUCAGACACUUCCAAAUUAGUCUGUACCACUUGUUUAGAAGGCAAACUUGCCAAACUUCCUUUUCCUUAUCCAGC